CUGGCCCGCCUGAAAGCGCAUCAUGGACCAACCCCGGCAUACGCAAUCCAGGAUCCAGACGAGGUGGCCGCGCAAACCUAUGAGGUGGAAGAAUUGUUAGCACACGCAAUUCAUGAGUCCAAAAGAUCUUACCUGGUCCGCUGGGUGGGCUACACCGAAGAGGACGAUGGUUGGGAGCCCGAGGAGCACAUCGACCCGGGCACUGUUAAGCGUUACUGGCAGAAACUUCGCGCGCUAGGCGCUGACGUGCCGUCGGGGGCGCCCCCACCGUAA